AUGUCACCGAAUUCAGGCCACAAUGCGCGCAAACAAUUAGCGAUGCUGGUAUUUUUUUCCAGUGGAAAGACUACUACCAGUGAGGACUGUCUUUACCUCAAUGUCUCCACACCGGCCUACAAGAACCAGACCGAUAUGUCGACCAAGGAGCUGCCAGUGCUGUUCUGGAUAUACGGUGAGCGAUUCACCGGUGGUUCUGGCGAUGUCAAGACUUACGAUGGCACCAGUCUCGCGCAAAAGGACAUUAUUGUGGUAACCAUCAACUAUCGAUUAGGUCCGUUCGGAUACCUGCAAGCGGCUCUGCACUGGGUCAACAAGAACAUUCAGCUGUUCGGUGGAGAUCCUGAUCAGAUUAUUGUGGGUAGCCAAUCCGCUGGUUCUGCUAUUGCCCUUGAUGUGAUGUGGAGCCCGUUGGCGAAUGGUCUCGUGGAGGGCAUCAUUGCCAAAAGUUGCGCACGAGGAACACACGGCCCCAUGACUAGAACCGUUGCCACUAGCUAUCGUAUCAAGGCAGCUGCUGAAAAGCAGGGAGUGGAGUUCCCGAAGGAAAUGAAUGUGAAAUCUAUCGCCCAGCUGCGCAAUGUGUCGAUGGAGUCUCUCCUCGAGUAUGAUUCGCUUUCUGACAUAGUUUGGCAAGGAACUCAAUUGGCAAGCCUCUCUCGUUGCGCAACAACUCAUGCCGAUAUCCCCAUUCUCACUGGAAACAACAAGGACGAGUCCAGUGCCAGCCCGGAUCUCAGGUAUACCGCAUCCAACUACCUCAAGCUGUACAGCAACCUGUUCGGCGACCUUUCUGGUGAGUUCUUUUUCUUGUACCCCGGCGCAAACAGCACUCAAGCAUCAGAAAGCGCCAAGGAAUUCUACCGUGAUCUCAGCCGCGUCGGCACCUGGUGCUGGGCCGUCGACUGGGCCGCUGGCGGUGCCAAGAGCAACGUGUAUACUUACUAUUUCACCCACGCACCUGCCGAAAACCGCGAUGAGGGUGCUUACCACGGGUUCGAGCUCUGGUAUAUCUUCAGCAACAUCCCCUACGCUUGA